AUGGCCUCAGCUCCACCAUCCACAGAGAUAGAGCAGGAGGCCAACUGCCCCAUCUGCCUGGAGUUCCUGAUGGACCCCGUGGUCCUGGACUGUGGGCACAGCUUCUGCCAGGCCUGCAUCACCGACUACUGUGAGAAAUGGGAGACUCUGGGAGACUUGGAGUGUCCUGUCUGCAAAUUCAAGUUCCAGAAAGGGGCUUUCCGCCGAAACUGGCAGCUGAGAAACAUAGUAAAAAAAAUUAAACUAAUGUCAGAAAGUUCAAGAAAAGGUCUUUGCUUGAGACACCAGGAAAAACUCCACUUCUUCUGCAAAGAGGAUGAAAAAUUGGUGUGUGCUGUCUGUGAGCGACUCCCAGAACACAAAGGACACACAAUACUUCCCCUGGAAGUGGCUGCUCAGAAAUACAAGGAUCAGUUCCGCAACUGUCUGGAGAUCCUGGAAAAGGAGAGAGAGAGAAUUGUGGCGUAUAAAGGAGACAUUGAGAGGGAAAGCCAAGACUUGCUUGAACAAACCCAAGGAGAGAAGCAAGAGGCAGUAGCAAAGUUCAGGCAACUGCACAUGUUUCUGGAGGAACAAGAGAAGCUUUUGCUGGCCCAGAUGGAAGAGGUGGAGAUGGAGGUGGCAAAGAAAAGGGACCAGCACCUGGCCGCACUCUCUGAGGCCCUCUCCUCUCUCAAAAGCCUCAUCCGGGAGAUGGAAGAGAAGUGUCAGCAGCCAGCCAGUGAUCUCCUGCAGGAUGCCAGAAGCACCUUGCAGAAGUAUGAAGACAAGGAGUCGUUUGAGAAUCCAGUGGCUUUUCCUCUUGCUCUGAAGUGGCACAUCUGGGACUUCUCAGAUUUAAAUCUCCUUUUGGAGGCCAUCGAGAAGCAAUUCAAAGACACUCUGGAUUCUGGACUUCAUCUGCAGAAAGCAAAUGUGAUUCUGGAUCCGGACACAGCCUAUAGAUGGCUCAUCCUGUCUGAGGGUCAGAAAAGUGUGAGACGAGGAGAAGAAGCUCAAGCUCUGCCCAACAGUCCUGAGCGAUUUGGAAGUCAUGCUGCUGUGCUGGGCUGUGAGGGAUUCACAGGAGGCUGCCAUUUCUGGGAAGUCCUUGUGGGAAGUGAGGAAAGCUGGGCUGUGGGGGUGGCCAGAAAGUCUGUGAAGAGGAAGGGAGAACUCACUCUUACUCCUGAGGAAGGGAUCUGGGCUGUGGGGAAGUGGGCAGGGAUGCAGAAGGCUUAUAUAAAAAACCAUUACCCUCCCCUGACUGUGAUUGGGGAGCUGAAGAGGAUCCGAGUGUGCCUGAACUAUGCUGGGGGUCGAGUGGCCUUUUUUGAUGCUGACCGAGCAGCCCUUCUCUACGAGUUCUCUGGAGCCUCCUUCCAUGGAGAGACCCUCCUGCCCUUCUUUCGGGUGCCUGGAAAAGGCUACCUCAAAAUCUCUUCAUAG